AUGCGGUAUAUUAGACUGGUGAAAGAGUUGAGGAAAAAUGAUUCUUUGAAGACGAAAUACAAGGAAGGAUGCCUUACCGUGUUUCAAGCCGAAAACGAUACGUCGGGAAAGGCGAUUAAAGCAACUCUGAGAGACAUAACUGGUCGCGACGAUCCCGGAUGUCCGCAGAAUGAAGCCCGAGAGGAGUAUAUACGAAAAGUGGAGGGUUCGACGAGCGUUCCUGUGAAUCCAGAUGUGGCAGGGGCACAACAACAACAGCAAACUUCGGGAGGACUGGAACCCAGUAAUACUGCGGUAACAGAUCAAAGUGAGAACGGACCCAGCACCCACCAACCAUCCGACGUCAACUCUGCGGACCGGAGCGCCAACCCGACCCCCGAGCCAGGUCCUGGGCGUUCUGAGCCAGGCUCCGAUCAACGUCAUACCACAUCAGGCGAUGCUUCUCAUCAACUCUCUACAUCUCACCACGACAGCAACGGAGGCGGCGGCAGCCCCCCCAGUGACACUCUCCAAAGUGAGCAAGCUAGCAGCAGCAAGGAGCAGUCUGACAAUGAUACAGUCAGCGCCGCCUCUCGAGACAUGCCUCCAGGUGGUGCGGCUGCAGACACCAACGAAUUGGAUGGGAACGCCGGUACAAGUCCUCUGCCAACGGAGACUGUCGAAGAUAAGAGGAACGCUGCUGGCAGCAGUAAAGCGGAGGCUGAUGUGAAGGGCACCAACGUCCCACUUGGAGGCACAAAUGACGGCAGUACUACCGCCCAGCACUUUGCGCCCCUUGUGCUUCUUGCGGGCGCAUGUGCUGCUGUGCUUCUGGUGGCCUCGUAG